GUGUUCCCCAACCACGGCCCAGCCCCGCCACACACCCCGCCCCCGGCCUCCACAGCUCGGCAUGGGCGCGGGGGCGCUCGUCCUGGGCGCCUCCGAGCCCCGCAACCUGUCGUCUGCCGCGCCGCUCCCCGACGGCGCGGCCACGGCGGCGCGGCUGCUGGUGCCGGCGUCGCCGCCCGCCUCGCUGCUGCCUCCGGCCAGCGACAGCCCUGCGCCGCUGUCGCAGCAGUGGACGGCAGGCAUGGGCCUGCUGAUGGCACUGAUCGUGCUGCUCAUUGUGGCGGGCAACGUGCUGGUGAUCGUGGCUAUCGCCAAGACGCCGCGGCUGCAGACGCUCACCAACCUGUUCAUCAUGUCCCUGGCCAGCGCCGACCUGGUCAUGGGGCUGCUGGUGGUGCCGUUCGGGGCCACCAUCGUGGUGUGGGGCCGCUGGGAGUACGGCUCCUUUUUCUGCGAGCUCUGGACCUCGGUGGACGUGUUGUGCGUGACGGCAAGCAUCGAGACUCUGUGUGUCAUCGCCCUGGACCGCUACCUCGCCAUCACGUCGCCCUUCCGCUACCAGAGCCUGCUGACCCGCGCGCGGGCGCGGGCCCUCGUGUGCACCGUGUGGGCCAUCUCGGCCCUGGUGUCCUUCCUGCCCAUCCUCAUGCACUGGUGGCGGGCCGAGAGCGACGAGGCGCGCGGCUGCUACAACGACCCCAAGUGCUGCGAUUUCGUCACCAACCGGGCCUACGCCAUCGCUUCGUCCGUCGUCUCCUUCUACGUGCCCCUGUGCAUCAUGGCCUUCGUGUACCUGCGGGUGUUCCGCGAGGCCCAGAAGCAGGUGAAGAAGAUCGACAGCUGCGAGCGCCGCUUCCUCAGCGGCCCCGCGCGGCCGCCCUCGCCCUCGCCCGCGCCCGCGCCCGGCUCCCCGCGACCCGCCGCCGCCCCGGUGGCCAACGGGCGCACCAGCAAGCGGCGGCCCUCGCGCCUCGUCGCCCUGCGCGAGCAGAAGGCGCUCAAGACCCUGGGCAUCAUCAUGGGCGUGUUCACGCUCUGCUGGCUGCCCUUCUUCCUGGCCAACGUGGUGAAGGCCUUCCACCGCGACCUGGUGCCCGACCGCCUCUUCGUCUUCUUCAACUGGCUGGGCUACGCCAACUCGGCCUUCAACCCCAUCAUCUACUGCCGCAGCCCCGACUUCCGCAAGGCCUUCCAGCGCCUGCUCUGCUGGGCGCGCCGGGCCGCCCGCAGGCGACACGCAGCCCACGGCGACCGGCCGCGCGCCUCGGGCUGCCUGGCGGGGGCCGGGCCGCCGCCGUCGCCGGGGGCUGCCUCGGACGACGAAGACGACGACGACGUCGGGGCCACGCCGCCCGCGCGCCUGCUGGAGCCCUGGGCCGGCUGCAACGGCGGGGCGGUGGCGGACAGCGACUCGAGCCUGGACGAGCCGGGCCGCCCGGGCUUCGCCUCGGAAUCCAAGGUGUAGGGCCCCGCGCGGGGCGCGCACGCCGGGCGCCCAGAUCCCCGCCGCCGCAGCCCAGACGCGGGCUCCGCGCCCGGGGAGAGGAGAGCCGGGCGCCCUUGAAAGGCUUCCCAGGGGAAAGAGAUCUGUGUUUACUCAAGACCGAAAGCAGGUGAACACGAAGCCCACAAACCUCGUAUGAAUCAUCCAAGACAAACAGAAAAGCUACGGACCGUUGCACAAAAAGGAAGGUGUGAGGAGCGGUGGGAUUGCUGACUUAUCUUGGGUUCUUUUCUGUUUGUGGUUCGGCCUUUUUGUGUGUGCGUAUGUGAUGCAUCUUUAGAUUUUUUUCCCCAGGUGUUUUUUGACACUUUCUGCAAGGACCGGGAGUGGAAAUGGGGGGCGGGGGGCAGGGGAAGGGAGAAGCAUUAGGGGAUAAAAGACCAUGAACUUGGCUUCCGUCUCCUUCCCGGGAACAGGAGCAGUCUGCCAGAGAGAGAGAGGGGAGGGAAAUGACAGUUCGUGGAGAUGUGUUUCCUUUUGCUUUCCAGAAAAAUUUCAUUUUAAUUCCUGAGUAAUGAUUUCGCCUGUUCUGAAAGCAAAGGGAAUGGAUGGAUGCAAAAACAAUCAUGUUUCAAGAAACUUUAAGAUUUUCUUGGAACAAGCCCCACCUUGCUCUCCUUCUGUAGGGCAAACCGGCUACCCCCCACCCCCCCACCCCACCCCGAGCGCCUCGGUGGUCAGGCUGAGGGAUUUCUACCUCACACUGUGCAUAUUGCACAGCAAGAUAGAAAGACUUGUUUAUAUUAAACAGCUAUUUAUGUAUCAAUAUUAGUUGGAAGGACCAGGCGCUGAGCCUCUCUGUGACAUGUGACUCUGUCAAUUGAAGACAGGACAUUUAAAAAAAAAGAGGAAACAGUUCAGAUUACUGCACAUGUGGGUAAAAACAAAAAACAAAACAAACAAGGCGUGGUUCAAAAUGCCAUUUUUGCACAGUGUUAGGAAUUGUAAAGUCCCUAGAAGAUGUUACUUGCACAAAAAGAAAAUAUUUUUUAACGGGGGAAUGGGGGGUGGACAGAUCUUAAAAACUAAAAUAAAAUUCAGAUUCUAUUCCUGUUGUCUAUUAUGUUAUUGAGCUAAUGAUUUAUUGGGAAAAUACUUUUUUAUACUCUUUUAUCAUGGUACUGUAACUGUAUCCAUAUUAUAAAUAUAAUUAUCUUGAGGAUUUUUUUAUUAUUUUUUUAUGUCCAAGUGCCCACGUGAAUCUGAUAAAAAUUAGCACUUGUGUGUACAUUCUAUUUCCUCUUGUGUGUUUUACCAAGUAUUUAUACUCUGGUGCAACUAACUACUGUGUGAAGAAUUGGUCCAUGUGCAAUAAAUACCAAUGAAGCACAAUCAA